AUGGUGGCCCUGGAAGCCACUCCAGGCAGUCAGUCAGAGGAGAGCAGUGCUUUGGCCCUGUCAUCAGCUUAUGACAUAAGAGAUUAUGUGCUGCAGAAACCCAGCCAGGAGGCCAAUAAUGAGGCUGUUAGUUCUGCGGCAGUCCUUUCUUUCCCUUGCUCUUCUGAUGUGGAUCCAGGUUGGAAGAAGAUGGCAGCAUAG